CGCGUCUAUUCAUUUUAGAGUUUGAUUUCAACUUUCAAUUUUAAGAUUUCAUUUGAAUAGAUUUGAGUUGAGGGCAUUGUAGUUAAUUAUAAAAUAAUUAAAAUAAUAGAAAAAUGAAUCGUCGAAGAGGCCACGAUGAUGAUGAGGGAUAUGAACGUCACAAUCGAAAAAGACGUCGUGUCUCUGAAAAUCAAGAGAUUGAGGAUCGUUUGGAAUCACUAAUUUUGCGUGUGGGUGAAAAAAGUACUUCAUCAGUUGAAUCAAAUUUAGAAGGAUUAGUUUCUGUUCUUGAAGCCGAUUUAGGAACAUUUCGUCUUAAAAUCCUACGUAUAUUAUCAGAUUGUGCAGUAAAAAUGCCGGAGAAAUGCACUAUUUAUACUACUUUAGUGGGUUUGCUAAAUGCUAAAAAUUUCAAGUUUGGUGGAGAGUUUGUUGAUCAUAUGGUUAAAACUUUCAAAGACAGUUUAAAAUCUUGUAAAUGGGAUGCCGCUCGAUAUUCUUUACGCUUUUUAGCUGAUCUCGUUAAUUGUCAUGUAAUUUCCGCAACAUCCUUAUUACAACUUCUUGAUAAUAUGAUUGAAGUGUCAAAUGAAGAAAAUGUUCCCCAAGUUCGUCGGGAUUGGUAUGUGUUUGCUGUUCUUUCUACAUUGCCUUGGGUCGGCAGAGAUUUGUAUGAAAAAAAGGAAUCAUCUUUGGAAAGUUUACUAGUACGUAUUGAAGUAUUUUUGAACAAAAGAACAAAGAAACACCAUAACGCUUUAAGAGUAUGGUCAGUUGAUGCACCUCAUCCACAAGAGGAAUAUUUGGAUUGCUUAUGGGCGCAAAUACGUAAAUUAAGACAAGAUAAUUGGGCAGAGAAACAUAUUCCAAGGCCUUACCUAGCUUUUGAUUCCAUAUUAUGCGAAGCUUUGCAACACAGUUUACCAGCUAUAGUUCCACCACCGCAUCAUGAAAGUUAUACAUAUCCGAUGCCAUGGGUUGUAUAUAGAAUGUUUGAUUAUACAGAUUGCCCGGAUGGGCCUAAUUUACCAGGCGCUCACUCUAUUGAACGUUUUUUAAUUGAAGAGCAUUUGCAUCAUAUAAUUGAAACUCAUCAUUUAGAGCGAAAAGAUUGUGCAGCACAUCUUUUAAGUUUUCCUUAUAAAAACAAAAUACCAUUGGAAUAUUGUAUUGUAGAAGUUAUAUUUGCUGAAUUAUUUCACAUGCCAAUACCCCGUUAUUUAGAAAUUUGUUAUGGUUCCAUUUUGAUAGAAUUAUGUAAAUUACAGCCAGCAACCCUUCCACAAGUGCUAGCACAGGCAACUGAAAUUCUUUUUAUGCGAAUUGAUUCAAUGAAUACAUCUUGUUUCGACAGAUUUGUUAAUUGGUUUUCAUAUCAUUUAAGCAAUUUCAAAUUUACUUGGUCAUGGGAUGAGUGGGAUAGUUGUUUAUUACUAGACCCCGAACAUCCCAGACCAAAAUUUAUUCAAGAAGUUUUGUUAAAAUGUUUAAGACUAUCUUAUCAUCAGAGAAUAGUUGAUAUGAUGCCCGAAGCUUAUGCUAAAUUAAUACCAGUUCCAGCUGUGCCUAUUUACAAAUAUGCAAAUGAAGGAGCUGCUUCCCUGCCAGGUACCGCAACAGCUCAUCAACUUGUUGUCGCAAUACGUCAAAAAUGUACUGCAGAAGAAGUAUUAAAUGUAUUAAAUGAUUUACCAAAUUCAGGAGAUAAUACUGACAGUGAAAUGUCUGAAUAUAAUCCAUUAAAAAUUGAUGUAUUCGUUCAAACAUUAUUAAACCUUGGAUCAAAAUCAUUUUCACAUAGUUUUGCUGCUAUAUCAAAAUUUCAUUAUGUAUUCAAAGUUUUAGCUGAAUCAGAAGAAGCUCAAAUAUGUGUUUUACAUAAUGUUUUUGAACUUUGGCGUAAUCAUCAACAGAUGAUGGUAGUAAUAAUUGAUAAAUUACUUAAAAUACAAAUUGUUGGUUGUUCUGCUGUUGCAACAUGGAUAUUCUCAAAAGAAAUGAGUGGUGAAUUUACAAAAAUGUAUCUAUGGGAAAUAUUACAUUUAACUAUAAAAAAAAUGAAUAAACAUGUAAUAAAAUUAAGUACAGAAUUAACUGAUGCCAAGGAAAAACUAUCAAGAGCGGAUUCAUCCUCCAGUGAUUCUGAAGAAGAGAGUAAUGCAAAUAAAAGAAAAAAAAUUACUGAUAAUGCUGACAAACCAACCGAGGAGAUGGUUGAGCGUAUGGAAGAAAAAUUGGAAGCUGCAAAUGUCGACCAAAAACGUCUUUUUCUUAUUGUUUUUCAAAGAUUCAUAAUGAUUUUAUCAGAACAUUUAGUUAGAUGUGACACUGAUGGUCGAGAUUAUGAUACUGAUUGGUAUAGAUGGACAAUUGGAAGAUUACAGCAAGUGUUUUUAAUGCAUCAUGAACAAGUUCAAAAAUACAGUAGUACUCUCGAAAGUUUAUUGUUCACAUCAGAUUUAGACUCUCAUAUAUUGGACGUAUUUCAACAAUUUGUUGCUCUUAGGGCUUAAGUUUUUAAUAAGAUUUUGUACUAUUAAUUUUAUUUUAUUAAAAAGAUAAAUUAAAGUCA